UCCUCCAUCAUUUCGAGCUGCCUCCGGCUUGCGAGUUCGCUCUUAAUUUUGCAGUUUCAAGGAAAAAGCUAAAGCGAUGGAGAAAAUGAUGAUUCUCAGAUCACUAUUGCGUUCUGUCCGCGUCGGAUCUUACGGCGUCGCCGGAGUCAGACACCGGAAUUUGCUGCAAAGUCAUCACCAGGCUGCCCGAAGUUUAUUCCAUCUGUCGUCUCAUCGUUCUUCUGUUUCAGAUUCUCUGCAGAGAGUUUCCUCCGAUUGUGGUUAUCCAUCUGGUGUAGGGCGUGUGAGAUUUUUUAGUGUUGAUGUAGUUCAUAUGCCUACAAUUGAAGAUUCCAAGCUUCAAAAUGUUUUCAAGGAUUUGAUGGCUACAAGUUGGGAUGAGCUUCCUAACUCUAUUGUCUAUGAUGUAAAGGCAGCAUUAUCUGGAAGCACAGACGACAAGGCCGGAAAGGAAGUUGUGGAAAAUGUUUUCCGAGCUGCUGAAGCAGUUGAGGAGUUUGGUGGCAUACUUAUCAAUUUGAAAAUGAAAAUUGAUGAUAGUAUUGGUCUCAGUGGCGAGGAUGUUAAGCCUUUGUCAGAUGAGCUUAAGAAUGCAUUACAUACAGUUCAUGAUCGCUAUACAACCUACUUGGAUGCAUUUGGUCCGGAAGAGAACUAUCUGCGGAAGAAAGUGGAGACAGAGUUGGGAACAAAGAUGAUAUACUUGAAAAUGCGAUGCAGUGGCCUUGGAUCCGAGUGGGGAAAGGUUUCGGUGCUGGGAACCUCUGGUCUAUCAGGCUCAUAUGUCGAGCAAAGAGCAUAGAUUUGGUACCUCUGAAAGUUCGGCUGUAAUUGCGAGCUUCCUAUUGUUUGGGUCUAUUUCUUCAAUGUUUUGUUGUGCAUCUUCUCUCAUCGUGGAGCUAAUAGCAAUUUAAUAAAUUCCACCUCGAUGAAUGAAUUCUCAGAAUUUAACAUUCUUGUUUUUUUGCCAAUUAUUGGUUUCCUUUAACAAGUUUGUGCAGCCAGUUUCUAGUUUUUGCA